GCAAAUCUCUUGUGUGCUCUGCAAAUGUUCCUAUUCAGCUCUGAUAAAAGGCACCAGAGCAGCAUGAAUACAUCAAACAAUCUAUUCAUCUUUUUAUUUUACUGGAGCAGUGCUAAAGAGAAAAAUAGUUUACAGAAACAAGCUACCCCAAAGAGUUAGAGAUGAAGUAUGUCUGUGGUUUGUUGUUAGUGUCUUUCCUGAGCUCUUGCUUGGGCUAUCCUCACAUGCAUCAAGAAUGGGCAGACUGGAAGAGCACUCACUCAAAGCUCUACCACAGUGUGAUGGAGGAGAGUGCAAGGCUGGAAGUAUGGCAAGAGAAUUACAAGAAGAUUAUGGGGCAUAACAUGGCCAACAAAACUUUCACAGUUAGCCUCAACGAAUUUGCAGACAUGACGCAAGAUGAGUUUGCCCAAUUCUACCUGUCACAAACUAAGCACAUGUCUGAGUUUUUAACGAGUGGAAUAGUGCAUGAUGAGUCCAUAUAUUUGAGAGGUGAUGAGUCUGACCAGUCUAGUGAUCAGGAAGAUGGAGUAUCUGGAGGCCUGGACUGGAGGGAGAAGGGAUAUGUCACCUCUGUGAAAAAUCAAGGUCAAUGUGGCUCCUGUUGGGCAUUCAGUGCAACUGGUGCAUUGGAGGCCCAGUAUGCCAUGAGUGCAGGUAGUCUUGUCUCUCUGAGUGAACAGCAACUAGUUGACUGCUCGUACAAGUAUGGAAAUGCCGGAUGUAACGGUGGGCUUAUGGACUAUGCAUUCAAGUAUGUGAAGAAUAAUGGAGUAUGCUCUGAGGCAAAUUAUCCAUACUUGGGAUACAUGUGGACAUGCAAAUCCGACCAAUGCUCGUCAGUAACACGAUGCAGUGGCUAUGUUGAUAUCUCAUCUGGCAGUGAGGACAACUUAUACAGUGCAGUUGCCAAAGCAGGACCAGUGAGUGUCGCCAUUGAUGCAUCAAGUUGGGAGUUUCAGUUUUACGAGAGUGGUGUGUAUAUUGACACAAGCUGCAGCUCCAAUUCUCUGAAUCAUGGCGUGUUAGUUGUGGGCUAUGGCUCCUCAGACUCCAACUACUGGAUUGUCAAGAACAGUUGGGGAACCAGUUGGGGACGGAGUGGCUACAUAAUGAUGGCAAGAGGACAGAACAACAUGUGUGGAAUAGCCUCUGCUGCUAGCUACCCCAAAUUGUGACUAAAUGUAGAGAAUCCAUCUCAUGACUAAUUAUUUGCUGUGUGAUUUAGCAUUCAGUUACACGUUUUGGGUUAUAGUUAAAUUGCAAUCAUUUGGUGUAUAUCAUGUUUUAUGCAAUCGGUCUGUUAUUUAACAAAAAAAAUAU